CUUAACUUAUUAACUGACUAGUUUCCAGGCAUUGUCCAUUUCUAAUUCGACGAAAUUUCUCGUGAAGCCCGGUGGGGUUAGUCGACGAAGACUUGGACUGAUACUAAUUUCUCGUUAUUUACUUCUUGUUUAUAAUAACUCAAAGUUGUUAUGUGUUUAGGUUCAUUGCGUUGUAAGGUGUUUACAGAGGUUUGUCUCUGUUUGGUUGUUUGUAGGGCUCUUGAGUUUUAGUUUCUUUUGCCCUUUGUAAUGUUUGAAGUUUGAACCAGUUUUACUGGUGUGGAACUUUGGUUGCUUGGGCUAUAAAAGAUUUUCAUUCAUCAAAAAAAAAAAUAACUCAAAGUUGUUUCAGCUUUUGGCUGUCUGUAACUGGAUCUGACGAAGCCAUAGAGGAUGAACCGAUCUCCCUUAUUUAGCAGUGGGUUGGAAUUGGGAAGUUUGGUUGUGACCUCUGAUGUCCUGCACCAUUCAUGGGCGGCAAUUUCUGGACUGUACAGAGAAAUCAAUGAAGCGUCAUCGUCCUUCUCUGUUAGAUUCAAAGUUGAUCAGAAGCCAAACUGUACAAUCAUAGCUUUCGUUACAUGGCCUCCUUGUACCAAAGAGCAUCUUCGAGGAGAAGGAGGACGAGACUUCGUUUCAUCAUCAACUCUUCCUCUCUUUGAAUUCCUGUGCACCAAAACCAACCCACGUUUCUCCAUUCACAAACCUGCAAUCGACCUUUUUCAGAGUGUCCGUGGAGCGCUGGAUUUCUUGAAAUCAGAAAUUUCCAAUUCUAAGCCAUUAAUUAUCACUGGACACUCUUUGGGAGGAUCUAUUGCCUCUCUCUUCACCUUAUGGCUGCUAGACAAAAUCAAUUUAGCAAACAUCAAACGCCCACUUUGUAUCACUUUUGGGUCACCCCUUAUUGGUGAUGAAGGCAUGCAAGAAGCCAUAUUACAAUACUCUGCAUGGAACUCUUGCUUUUUGCAUGUGGUUUCAGACCAAGAUCCAGUCCCCAGAGUCUUAAUUCCACCCCGCAAUCCUGCUGCUCAUGAAUUGGCUUCUCCAGCUAAUGAAUACAAGCCUUUUGGCACGUUUUUGUUGUGUUCGGAACUGGGUUGUGCUUGUCUUGAGAACCCUGAAUCUAUUUUGACAUUGUUGGUGGCAACCUACUCAGAGGAUCUUAGAAAUCAUGAUUGUGAGUUAUUUGGCUAUGGAAAUAUUGUCCAACAACUCGACCGUCAGGUAAUUUGCAAGGAUAGUACAAAAGUCGAUGAAUGGAUUGCACAACCAUCACAGGCAACCAUUGUUACACAACUAGCAGCAAUUGGACUGGGGCGACCACAGCUACAACAGCAGAGGAUUGACAUGAACACACUGGUUAGAGAGACAGAAAAACAGGAAAGGAAAUGGUUAAUGAGGAGGAGGGAAGUUUAUGAUUCCAAUGUGUUAAAUGAAAUGAAAGUAAACUUGGCCCAACUGGAAUGGUACAAGAAGUGUUCUGAGGACAAGGGAAUUGGAUACUAUGACUGCUACAAGAAUGCAAGCGAUAGAAGUGAUCUUGUCGUAGAAAGGUACAAGAAAUUCCUUACAUGUUACUGGAUAGACACGGUUGAAGAAGUAGAGAAAAAGCCCCAGAGGAAAGGCGCCCCCUUUACUACCCGCUGGCUCUUUGCGGGAACAAACUACCGAAGGAUGAUUGAACCGCUGGACAUAGCUGAAUACUACCGCGACCGCAAAACAGACUACGAAACUAAAGGAAGGUCUAAACAUUACAAGCAAUUGCAGCAAUGGCUCGAAGAAGAUGAGAAGAAUGCAAACCUUCCAAAUAAUUCAAAGAAACAAAACCUGGCGGGUGGUCAGACGGAGGAUUCUUGCUUUUGGGCAAAUGUUGAGGAGGCUCUCAUUUCGUGCGAGGUGCUGACUAAAAGAGAGUCGAACGAUAUGGACAAACAUAAACGGAGCCUGAUUGAGUUUGAGGCCUAUGUAUGGGGUAUGAUCAAGAAUAAGGCAGUAUCGAAUGAGAUAUUCUUGAAGCGGAGCAGUUUCAUGAAAUGGUGGGAAGAGUACUUGAAAAUUAUCCGAAAAGGCAUCAUGGGAACUUCUUAUACUUCUCCACUCACUGACUUCAUGAACAAGAAACAGUUCCGCCAGUAUGCUGCUGGCUACCUACAGAUUGGCUGAAGUUCUCUAUGUCUGCACUUGCCUUCAAACUUGACAAGUACUCCGAAGUCUUUCCCCAGCCAAUAAAUUGUAAAGGACAUCAUCUUUUCAAUAAAUUGUUACAGUCAUCAUUGUCAAAGGAAUGGCUUUUUGUCUUUGUUUCUUCUGCCCUCUUUCAAUGGCAAAGAAAGACCGGUAAUUAUAUGCAUGCAACUAUGCCAUUGAAUUAAAA